AUGAAAAAAUUCGGAACCAUCUGCUGUCUUGCCAUACUGGCAGCAUGGAACGGAGUCGAGGGGGCUAGAAAACGCCAACCGAAAGUCCUGCUCUUCCUGGUGGAUGGACUGCGUUGGGACUACACCGAUGAAAGAAGACACCACGGAUUCUGGACAACUGGAAUGUUAGGAGUAAGGGCCGACCACCUUACCCCUGUUACACCAGCCAUCUCCUAUCCUAACUGGUACUCCUUGGUCACCGGUCUCUACACUGAAGACCACGGUAUCGUUGGCAACUACAUGUACGACCCGCAGCGCGAUGCCUACUUUACUAUGUCGUCGAGCGAGAGCAUGGAGCCGCACUGGUGGAACCAAGCGGAGCCCCUCUGGGUCACCGCUCUACGACGGAACAAGACCGUUGCCAUGCACUGGUGGGACGGCUGCCAGGUGGACUUCAACGGGACCAGGCCAAACGUCUGCACCGGGUACAAGGGUACCUGGAGCAGAGUAAACUCGGAAAUGAAAGACCUCGUCGAAAAAUCACUCGUAGCUAUGAAGAAGGGUUUCCUCGACAUGGCAAUGUUCUACUACGAGGGACCCGACAGUAAAGGUCACGGCUAUGGCCCUGAUUCAAUGACCACUCGAAAAGCUGUUGAUGACUUUGACUGGAUAUUAGACAGCGUCCACACCCAAGUGAGAAGGCUAGGUAUAAUUGAUCAGGUGAAUAUUGUAAUUGUUUCCGACCACGGAAUGACCAAAACUACGAAAGACGAUAUAAAGACAAUCGAUAUGGACUCACUUCUGAACGCCGAUGACAUUCACAUCAUGCUGGAUAAAGGACCUUUUUCUAUGCUGUUUCCCAAAGCCGAUAAGGUGUUCCAGGUCUAUCAUUCUCUGAAACGGAAGCAAGUCGAAGGUUUCACAGUUUACCUGAAAGAAGAAAUUCCAGAUGCGUGGCGUUUUAAAAGAAAUCGCAAUGUUGGUCCGAUUUUGCUGGUGGCAGACGUCGGAUACUAUAUCGUGCCGUUUGGGAAUCCCGAAAAAUCGGUUCCCGGACCCGGUAAACCUCCUUCGGGAACUCAUGGCUACGCUUCAAGCUUUCCGGACAUGUGGGGAAUAUUCUACGGUAGCGGUCCGGCGAUAGUUCCUUCCAGCGGCAGAGUACCAGCAUUGAUUAUGGUGGACGUCUACAAUGUGCUGUGCUACAUGCUUGGACUGGAGCCGAAGCGCAACAGCGGGUCGUGGGCUAGAGUGGAGAGCUUCCUUGAUCCGGCUUACGACCCUGGAUUGUACGAAACACUGCGAAAAAUGUGA